CUUCAUUCAUUCAAACCCUAAUCUUUAUAUCCAAAAAAAAUCCAAUCUUUAUUUCGAGAAACCCAAUCUUUUUUCUUUUUCUUUUUUUGUUUGGUUUCGUCCGUUGAUGAUAUUAUUUUUGGCCCGAUCGAAAAGAAACCCCAAGAUUUUUGAGAUCAACUUAUUUGUUGAUAAAUAAUGGCGGCGUUGGCACCCGGAAUGUUGUUAAAGCUAUUAAAUGGGAUGAAUUCAGGGGUGAAACCAACAAGUGAACAUAGGAGUUCACUUUUACAAGUAACCGAUAUCGUCCCAGCUGAUCUUGAUGAGAAAGAUUUAUGGCCCAAACACGGGUUUUAUAUCAAGGUUUCGGAUUCUUCUCAUUCGAUAUACGUUAGUUUACCUUUUGAACAAGAUGAUCUUGUUCUUAGUAAUAAAAUGCAGCUUGGUCAGUUUAUUUAUGUUGAUAAUUUAGAGCCAGGGUCCCCUGUUCCUAUUGCUAAAGGUGCUAAACCGCUUCCGGGGAGACACCCGUUUGUCGGUACGCCUGAACCGCUUAUGGGUUUGAGAAAAAAAGGCGAAAAAAGUGAACAAAUAGGGAUUUUGAGUAUGAAUUUGAAUUCGGGUACAAAGUCUUGUGUUCCAAGAAGAGGUUCUUGGGGAACAGGACAAAAAGGGGAAGAUGGGGUAUGUGCAUCACCAAUGGUUUUGAAGCCGUGUCCAUUGGAUUUCGAUCAAUGUACGCCUGUGAAAACGAGGUCUGCCAUGAAGGUUAAUUUUCCUAUGUCGCCGAUGAUGAGAGGACGGGCAGAUGGAGGCGUUAGAGCCUCUGCAGGUGGAGGGUUGUUAUCGAAGAUGAUGGAAAGUCCUGCUACGAGAAAAAGCUGCGCUAUUAAUUCUUCUAUGAUGAAAUAUACAAGGAGCAAGAGUACAAUUUGUGACAGAGAUGCAAAGAUUUUAAGAAGUCCUUUUAAUACAGCUGAAAAGAAAAGCACAACUCCACCUCCAAGUUUACGGAACGCACGAGUGUUGUCUUCUCCAAGUGUCGGUGUUGGUUCGGAGACCAAGAACUAUUCAAACUCAAAAAUGGCUUCACAACAAGACUCUCCUUAUGGGGACUCCAACUUAUCAUUUAAUUUACCAGGAAAACUUGGCCUUUUGGGAAAGGAAGCAAUCCAACAACGUGAAACGGCACAGAAGAUAGCCCUACAAGCACUUAGAGAGGCCUCGGCCACUGAAACUCUUGUUCGGUCUCUCAAGAAUCUAUCAAACUUGAGCAAGUCAGCUAAACCCGAAAAUCCAGCAGACUGUUUUGACCAGUUUCUUGAUUUCCAUAACCAAAUUGUUCAAGCAGUAGCUGAAAUGACAUCCAUUAAAGCUGCAACCGCUCAAAUCCCAGCAGAAGAACCGCCAGUCUUGCACGAUAUCAUGAACAACAAUAAUGCAGACUCAAACAAUGCAUCCAAGAGGCGAGCUGCAUUAUACAAAUCGAUUGCAGCCUUCCCUGAACGAAACGAUCACAAGUCAACAACACCCUUGGGGAAACAAAUGAGACCACCAUCGAAUGUUAAUCCAAAACAGAAAUUCGUUGACAACGAUGAAAACAAGAACCCCGGGGGGUCUAGUAGCUGCAGUCUGAGUAAUACCAUCAAACUGGGAAUGCAGAUUGAAACCGAGGCUGGGAAUUGGUUUAUGGAGUUCUUGGAGAAAGCCUUGGAAAAGGGUAUGAAGAAAACGAAAGGAAGCGUAGAAUCUGAUGCUAAGAAAGUUCCUCAAUCACUUGUAUUGAAAGUGAUCAAUUGGGUUGAAGUUGAACAAUGUGAUUCUAGUAAGAGACCAGCACAUCCAAAAGCAACACAAAUUGCUAGGAAAUUAAGAAUUAAAAUGAAGAACCCUUGAAGUUUUAUUGAAGGGUGAGUGUGUGAUUUGUGUGUGAUUGUGGGAGGAUUUUUUUUUUUUUUUUUCGAACGGCCAUGUGAGAGGAUUUAUUUAAUUGUGUCAAAUAUUGUUUGAUCAUGUACUAUUAUUUGUUGCUAAUUUAUAAUAACAAUAUCAAGUGAGAUAAA